AUGUUAUUGGCAGACAUAUCGGUGUACCCUCUGACGUCUUCUUUUGCUGCGCUCGAUAGCUAUAAUAUUAUAGAAUCCAAAAGUCAGCACAUAAAAAUUAAAGUUUUGAAAGGAGUCUCAACAAAGAGUUAUAGUGAUAUAAUACCGAGUCCAGUCAAAAACUUAAUCAACUCACCACAUAGAUGCUCGGAAGUUCAAAACCUUCAAGAUUUUUUAAAUGUAACUGCUAAAUACGGAGGAUGGAAUGAAUAUUAUCAUAACAUGUUCGUCAAGUAUUGGCAAAAGAAUAUAAAAAAUGAAAAAGACAAUACAAUCGAUAAAAAUAACUUAGAUGAAGCACAAUUCGAUCUACUCGUUAACGAUUUCCUUAAAAAGGUUCCUGGCUUCCAACGCGAAGACGUGACUGCUCAUAUUAAAUGGUAUUCAACGUAUUUGCACCUAAAAUCAUGUCAACAACGAGCUUUAGAAGAAUGGAGAGCAAAAACUAAACCAUUAAGAGCCAAUAAACAAUCGGAGGCAAGUCUUACUUUCAUAAGCGCAGAGCAAGUUACAGAGCAGGCUGACCACAUGCCGGAAGCUAGACUUUUGUGCCGGAUCCUAUCGAAAGACUUGUUCAGAAUUAUAUAUUUAGUUGUAAAAUGCAGAGUUGAUAGUGCAUUUAUUGAAGAAGUCCUAAAGCUAUAUAAUAUUACGCUGCCACCAGUAGGAGCAGAGUAUCGAUGUAAAAUGUUGCAAAGACGAGUAAAAAUAUUCCAUUUGGGAGAUUCCGUUGCGUGCGCUGCGCUGUCAUCAAAUACCGAAGAGCAUCAGUUUUAUGACUGCCUCAAUGUGAACGAAAAUCUUAAUGAAAUAAGAAAGUCGCUAGUUCCAACUGAGGUUUCGAAUAAGAGAAUCCUUACAUAUGGCUUUGCUAAACCCACUAAGCAGUGGAAUAUGAAAUGCAAUGCCCUGAAGGAUCCUUUGCUAAGAGAGCUUAACAUUGAAAAUAAGUCAAAACGGGAUCCCAACCUCUUAAAGGUAGUCGUCGCGCACAAUUACUGUAAACCCCUCUCCAACAAAACCGGCAUAGGGGUAACCACAUGCGUUUCCAGGAUCUCUGUCACGUACCAGAACCGCCCCGUAUUCCACCGUCUCCUGGAUGCGGGCUUGGGCGAAACGUUUCCCUUGUCUUCUGUCCACUCUUCUGCGUCUAUCGUUGCAGGAAAGGCACACUUUCGUCUCGUCUGGGAAGAGAACAGCUCUCUAUUGGUCAAGGGUCCAAUUGACGCGGUCUCUUCGUCUAACCGUAGAAAUACUCACGGUUGUUCUGCGAACUGCUGUUGCAACUCAACAGCAUUAGAGAAACAAUUUCUUAAAGAUGUCCGGCGCGGCCCGAAGCAGCGCGCGCGAGCGCGCUACCCUGCUGCUGUUAGAUUGGAGUUCCCCGCCCGCUGUGGGGCCAGGACAGAAUCUGAAUCUGAAUCUGAAUCUGAGUGCACUCUGGCCGUACCCUUAGGGUACCCUUAG